UGGAAACGGAGCUCGAGAUCAUUAAAAGAAUGACAGACUGAAUUUCUCCGGUGUGUUUCCACUGGCAUCACUCAAAUCUAAACGGAUUAAUAAACCGUGACGGAAAGCAGUAUUAUAACUCCACCAGAACCGCAGUAUGUCGGCGAACGGAAUUCGGGACGGUCCGGUGACCGUAUCGAAGGCGCACCCGAGUGGAGGCGCGCACGAGAUGAGAACGCGCCGGUCCGGUGGUAUUGUGACUCUCCCGCGCUUCGUGCGUUUCACGUUCACACCUGAUUCCCUGGAGAAUGCAUAUCAGACGUACUUUCUGCGUCAGCGUCAGGAGACGUUACUGGUGCUGAUCGUGUUCGCGGCUCUUUUUAACUGUUUCGUGAUCAUCACGUGCGCCGUGGUUUACUCUCACGAUAAACUCAACACCGUCGCGGUUGCCGCCGGUGGCCUCGCGUCGGAUAUUCUGCUCUAUAUACUGUGCCACUUCCGUUUGCUGCCCGCGUUUGUGAUCCGGUGCCUCGUGCCGUACGCGCUGUGGGUGCUCAUCACGGUCCACGUGCUGUGUUACUACAGUUUGAAUUUUGGCGGGGUUUACGCCGCAGGUGACUCGGUUGGAUGGCAGACGUUCUUCAUCUUCUCAUUUUUCCUCACUCUUCCGCUGCCACUCGGGCCCAUCUCGCUCCUGAGCGCGCUCUCGUGCGCCGCGCACACUCUACUCCUUGGAAUCACUGUAUCGGAGAGACACAAACUGGAGAUCACUAUACUGAUCAGACAGCUUGUGGCAAAUCUGAUGCUGUUUUUCGCUGCCAUGCUGGUGGGUGUGAUGUCAUAUUUUAUGGCCGACCGCAAGUACCGCACGGCAUUUCUGGAGGCCAAACAAUCUCUGGAAGUCAGUCUUACUCUAAAGGAGCAAGGUCAACAGCAGGAAGAGUUGCUGUUGUCAAUCUUACCAAGGCAUAUAGCCGAUGAGAUGCUUCAGGGGAUGAAAAAAGGAGCCAAUCAGAAAACAGAUGCCCAACAGUUCAACACAAUGUACAUGUAUCGCCAUGAAAACGUUAGUAUACUUUUUGCAGAUAUUGUGGGUUUUACUCAGCUGUCAUCUGUCGUCACUCCUAAAGAACUCGUCAAACUACUUAAUGAACUCUUUGCUCGCUUCGACAAACUUGCAGCACAACAUCAUCAGCUAAGGAUCAAGAUUUUGGGAGACUGUUAUUACUGCAUCUGUGGCUUGCCAGAUUAUAGAGAAGACCAUGCAGUCUGCUCCAUCAUGAUGGGUCUGUCUAUGGUGAAAGCCAUCUCUUACGUGCGGGAGAAAACUAAGACAGGGGUGGACAUGCGUGUCGGUGUGCACACGGGGACAGUUCUGGGUGGAGUACUCGGACAGAAGCGCUGGCAGUUUGAUGUCUGGUCAACUGAUGUCACUGUGGCAAACAAGAUGGAGUCAGGGGGCAUCCCUGGGCGUGUGCACAUCUCUCAAAGCACAAUGGACUGUUUGCAUGGUGAGUUUGAGCUGGAGCCUGGUGAAGGAGGGGACCGCUGUGACUAUCUGAUGGAGAAAGGCAUUGAAACGUACCUGGUGCUUGUGCCCACAAACAGAACUGUGUUAAAUGGCGUGAGCAACGGUGCAAUGAUCACCACCACAGAAACCAGUGGCAGUACCACAUCAAUAAAAAUGAUAACUGAGGACACAGAAGCACAGCAGUUUCAGGAGAGCAGUGAGACAGAUGAAAUGAUUUCAGAAGAACAGGAUCUGAGUCAUCUUCUGAAUGAAGUUCUCUUGGACAGAGAAACAGAAGAGACUGAGGAGGAGAAGAGGACCGGCGUACUGUCUCUGAGGUUUGUGGACCCUGACCUGGAGUUGCGUUACUCUGCAGAGAAAGAGAGACGGACAGGCCCUGCAUUCGGCUGCUGUUGUGUCGUUCUGAUCUUCACAUCUGCUAUGGAAAUCCUCAUCGACCCACAGUUGAUCGUGAAUUAUGUGACUCUGGCUGUGGGUGAGAUUUUACUUCUGAUCCUGACUCUGUGUUCAAUGGCUGCCAUCUUCCCACGCGUGUUCCCACGAAGACUUGUAUCGUUCUCACACUGGAUUGACCGCACGCGUUGGGCUCGUAACACUUGGGCGAUGGCGGCCAUAUUUGUUCUCACCAUGGCUGAAGUGGCUGAUAUGCUCAGCUGCGUUCAGCCUCCUCUGGUGCUGUUGAACUCCAGCUCUGGUGUAACUCUUGAGUCUCUGGGUGAUGGUGGAUGUGCAGAAAACCCCAAAUACUACGGUUAUAUAUCCGUGCUGUCGCUUAUAUCAUCUGUUAUGCUUGUGCAGCUCAGUCAUGUCGUCAAGCUGGCGCUCAUGAUGUUGGUUACCAUAGCAACAGGUGCCGUCAAUAUCCACAGCUGGAUGUAUAUUUACGACAUCUACGAUUUUAUUCGCUACCUGGAAUACAGGUAUUCUGUGGUUCCCACCCGAUAUCUUUUGAGUGUGAUGAUUAUCGUUAUGAUGAUAAGUCUCUACUACUUUGCUCGCCAUGUGGAAAAACAGUCUCGUAAGCUGUUUCUGUGGAAGAUCCAGGUUCACGAUCAGAAGGAGAAGGUGUAUGAAAUGAGAACAUACAACGAAGCAUUGGUCACGAAUAUGCUUCCAGAUCAUGUGGCCAAACAUUUCCUUGGCUCCAAGAAACGAGAUGAGGAGCUGUACAGUCAGUCAUACGAUGAGGCCGGCGUAAUUUUUGCCUCUAUUCCGAACUUCUCUGACUUUUACACAGAAGAGAGUAUAAACAACGGAGGACUAGAAUGCCUCCGAAUCCUCAACGAGAUCAUUUCCGACUUUGACAGUCUGUUGGAUCGAUCCGAGUUCCGCCACAUCACAAAGAUCAAGACCAUCGGCAGCACGUACAUGGCCGCAUCCGGGGUGACACCAGAGAGUAACACCAACGGAUACGAGAACCGCAAGUUGGAGGAGCAGUCGCUGUUAGACCGAUGGCAACACUUCUCAGAUUUGGCAGACUUUGCUCUGGCUAUGAAAGUCAUACUUGGAAACCUGAACAAACAGUCGUUCAAUAACUUCAUGCUGCGUAUAGGUCUGAAUAAGGGAAGCGUGUUAGCCGGAGUGAUUGGCGCUCGUAAGCCUCAUUUUGAUAUCUGGGGAAACACUGUGAAUGUGGCCAGUCGUAUGGAGUCCACGGGUGUUAUGGGUAACAUACAGGUGGUGGAGGACUGCUAUCACAUCCUAAAGGAAUAUGGCUUCCGGUUCGUCAAACGAGGACCCAUCUAUGUUAAAGGAAAAGGAGAACUGCUCACUUACUUCAUGAAGGGCAAAGACAAACCUGUCACAAAAACAGCCGUGGUCGCUCUGCCACAUCAGACACUAGACAAAUCCUGAGAGGACAGGAGAACACAUUUUAUUUUGUGAUUUUCUACAUUUUAUGGAUAGAGACGGUAGAAAGAGAAACAAGGAAAAUAUUGAAAAAAGAAGAAGAGUGGAAUCUGCACAGGACAUCAUGCAGACCAAAAUCAAACCUGUGUUUUUCAAAUGAACCCUCUGGCACAACAUGAAAUCAUUUUAAAAUCACCUUUUAAUGACAUAAAUGAUGAACAUAGAAACAGACAUUAAAAAUUAAAGGAUGCUGAUAUAUUUUCCUAAACAAUGACAUGAAAAUGUGAGCUCACAGUGGGAAUUCUGAAGUGAUGAUGACAUAUAGGCCUACUAUGUAGCCUACAUUAUGAAUUGUCAUUUUCAUUGAACAAUUUCAUCAGGAGAUAUCAGCAAAACAAAGGAAAUGGAAAAUACAUCUAAAUAUUUUUUGAAGUGGAGAAAAAUGUAACUAUAAGAAUACAUGGAAAAAUUGUAAGAAAUUCAACAUGUUAGAUGUAGCACAAACUUAAAGGUCACAAAAUGUUCUCUUAUGGUAGCAUAAGCAAAAUGCAAAUUUUUCUCAUUUUUAAAAACAUUUAUUUAAUGCACAGCUUUAACCAUGAACUAUAUGAGACCAUAUUCAUAUUGACAUCAGGGGCUUUUUUACUUAAAGCUCAUAGCUUUGCAUUAGUCAUAAAUUCAGGUUUAUCACAUUACAGCUGUCUAAUAUACUUUAAAGGGCACCUAUUAUGGCUUUUUUACAAAAUGUAAUAUAAGUCUCAGGUGUGCCUAGAAUGUGUCUGUGAAGUUUCAGCUCAAAAUACCCCACAGAUCAUAUAUUAUAGCAUGUCCAAAAUGCCCCUAUUUGGGUGUAAGCAAAAAUGUGCUGAUUUAAUGUCUAUACCUUUAAAUGCAAAUGAGCUACAGCCCCUUACUUCCUUACCUUGGUUUCACACCAGCCCCAUUUGAGGCGUCAAAUUUGUGUCUACCGCGUCUAGUUUGCCGCUUGAACAUUUUGAGUUUACUCGCUUCAUUCAUGCGUGACAUGUAACGCAGCCCGUUUUUCCACCAAAGUUCAAAUUUUUCAACUCGCGCGUUUCCCCCAGCAACGCUCAAUUCGCGCCAUUCGCCGCGAGACCUCCAGACGCACGUCAAUGCGUCUUUACAUUGACUUAACAUUGAAAACACUCGCGCUUGACGCCUCUACCGCGGCUGGUCUGAAUGCAGCAUUACAGACAGUGAGUGCUUUCAGUUUAAAGAGAUCUGAUUAAUACAGUCUGAGACAAUAGUAUCUAGUGGACAGAAUACAACUCGCUGAGGGUGGAAACUAUGGUAAUGCAGAACUGUAAGUGGGCGGGGCUUUAUCAAUGUGACCUCACAAUGAUAAGAGAAUCAAAACGGCAUGUCUAAUGAGACUGCUUUGGUUUAAUGGGGAUUAAAAAACAAGGAGCAGGUGCAUUUUUUAAUCGUAGGGUGGUUGUGGCAACACAAAUUAUGUCCAAACACCUUGUAAAUGUGGAUUUUGCUAUUAUAAUGCUAUUUUAUCAAUUCACAUAUCAGUUGUGGUUAUAAAUCAUGGGUUGUUUCAUUUAGCAUAGUUCAUUUAGCAGCUCUUUGUGCCAUCUGCAGUGUUUCAUUGUUUGUUUGUAAUUAAUGUACAUUAAACCGAGACAAACUUUAA